CGUAACAUAUUACGGAUUUGAAAUCCUCUUCGGUCUUCUUCGUCACCAAGCAAACCACAUAUUCCCGUCUCAGGUCGUCUCUCUCGCUCUCUCGCGUUGGUUCUUUGCGCUAUCGCUGAUCACAGCUAGGUUUUGGUGCGCCAAUUCGACGUAGGCGUGAAAAUUCAGGAUCCGUUAUUGUUGCCGUAAGGGGCUAACCGGACGUUGGUUUGCGGGUCUUUGGGUGGCCUCUGAGAACAUAGUUUAGAGAUGAGUCAAAAAGGCCUGAUCUAUAGCUUUGUUGCAAAAGGAACUGUUGUUCUAGCCGAGCACACACCAUAUUCUGGGAACUUCGGUACCAUUGCUGUUCAAUGCUUACAGAAGCUGCCGUCUAAUAGCAGCAAGUACACAUACUCGUGUGAUGGGCACACUUUUAACUUUCUCAUUGACAAUGGUUUUGUGUUUCUUGUUGUGGCAGACGAAUCUGUAGGUAGGAGUGUGCCCUUUGUGUUUCUUGAGAGAGUGAAGGAUGACUUUAUGCAACAUUACGGUGCGAGUAUAAGAAAUGAUGGUCCACAUCCCCCUGGGGAUGAAGAAGAUGAUGAGAAUGAUUACUUGUUUGGAAAUCGGUUUAGUAAUGCGUACAAUCUUGACAGAGAAUUUGGGCCAAGGCUUAAAGAGCAUAUGCAGUAUUGUGUGAACCAUCCAGAUGAAAUAAGUAAGAUGUCCAAGCUUAAGGCUCAAAUAACAGAGGUCAAGGGGAUCAUGAUGGACAAUAUUGAGAAGGUUCUGGAUCGUGGGGAGAAAAUUGAACUCCUGGUUGAUAAAACUGAAAACUUGCAGUUCCAGGCGGAUAGCUUCCAGAGGCAGGGAAGGCAACUGAGACGCAGGAUUUGGCUGCAGAAUCUCCAAAUGAAGAUGAUGGUAGGAGGAGGAGUCAUUUUCCUACUUGUGAUACUGUGGUUAAUGGCUUGCAGAGGUUUCAAGUGUUGAUGGCAUAAACUGAAAAAUCAGGUACAACAUUUAGUAGAAAUUUGAUGUUUCCUUUUACAUUUGAUCUACAAAAAUUGCAUUUAACGUGAGAUGUAAAUGGUCUAUGUAAAGCAGUUAUUGAAAUAAUUUGCAGGCAUGAUCGUUUCAUUAUUAGCAUAACCCUCUUGGUUGGAUUGUAGCCGGCCUUACCUAGUAGGGUUAAAGCUUGUAAUAAUGAUAAUGAUAUGUUAAUUAUCAGGUCUGUAUCAGCAUGUUCUUGUGUUUAUCAUGUGUUGGUUUUUGCAGUGUCUAUAUUCCACUUAAUGUUGUGAACAUGGCUGAGGCCAUAAUAAUAUAUUUAGGGAUAUAUUAAAGUUUAUGUGAAAAGGAGAAACCUUUAUAUCAA